AGCUCAGCCGUGCUAUAAAAAGGCGUUACGUGGGGGAGGGAGGGCUGCCGUUCAGCAGGAACCGUGCACGUUUGCUCGCCCACUCACUGCUGGGGAGAUCCACAGGGUCAGCGGCCAGCCCCUCGUACCGGGAGAUCAGGAGACAGAAGACAUAGGACAGUGGAAAGUGAGCUGACACCGAACGCAACACAAUGGCAGACAAGCUCAAAGACGCUAAAAUUAUCUUUGUGGUUGGUGGACCCGGGUCCGGCAAGGGCACCCAGUGUGCAAUGAUGGUGAAAAAAUACGGCUUCACCCACUUGUCGUCCGGGGACCUGCUCCGCGCCGAGGUGGACUCGGGCUCUGAGAGGGGCAAGCAGCUUCAAGCCAUCAUGCAGAGGGGAGAGCUGGUGCCACUGGACACAGUGCUGGACAUGAUUAAGGACGCCAUGAUUGCCAAGGCCAGCGUGUCCAAAGGCUUCCUCAUUGAUGGCUACCCCCGCGAGCUGAAGCAGGGCGAGGAGUUUGAGAAGAAGAUUGGCAAACCGUGCCUGUUGCUGUACGUGGACGCCAAAUCCGAGACCAUGGUGAAGAGACUUCUGAAGCGCGGUGAGACAAGCGGCCGCUCGGACGACAACGAGGAGACCAUCAAGAAGCGACUGGACCUCUACUACAAGGCCACCGAGCCCGUCAUCGCCUUCUAUGAGAAGCGCGGCAUCGUCAAGAAGGUGGACUCUGAACUUCCAGUGGAGGAGGUCUUCAGCCAAGUCGCCAAAGCUGUUGAUUCACUGUAGUUUAAAAAAGAAAGAAAAAAAAAACAAGAAAAAAAAAUCCACUCUUGUUUGUUUGUUGCUUUGAGUUUACAGUUAACUCCGCCAAGAGCCAACAGUACUAAUUCGGACAAUAUGUCAUCAGACUGUUAAGGUUGCCAACAAUCUGAGGUUUGGCGUUUGAAUCUUAGCGCCAUCCUCCUUGUUUAGUUUGAAGGUUCUCUACCUGUUUGUGUUUCUUAUUUUUUUCUUGUCUCUUUGGCUUCCUCCCGCAUUCCAAAAAAUUGAAGAGACUAAAUUAGGGCCGUCCAAACGUUUUCUCCCAACAGCCCCGAGUAUAUUAACAAUUUCCAAAGAAAUUGACCAUUAUGUCAAAAUCUGAUAUCGAUUUUUAACAAAACAACUUUGUAUGAUUCGAACCCUCAAGAGACCAAGCAGUUCUACUCACAAACAACAAAAACUUCCUUGGCGGAGGUAAGAACCUCACACAUUUCUUCUCAUGUGCCUCCAAAGCUGCAAUAAGAAACAAAAGUACUCAUAUUUAAUAAUCUUCAUAUAUCAGGAUUAACAUAGCCACAGGUUGCCAUCAACAAUAAGCCGUCAUGUAUAUAAAAAUGCAAAAGUCUAAUAAAAUCUUCAACAUGUAAAA